AUGUCUCCAAGCACGGCCGUCAAGGCCGGCCCCGAGCCGGCGGACCGGGUUGUCAUUGGCAUCACGUUCGGCAAUUCGAACAGCUCGAUUGCAUACACGGUUGACGACAAAGCGGAAGUCAUCGCCAACGAGGAUGGCGGUAAGUGCCCCAACCCUUCCUUCUUCCGGAGCAGAGCGUCGACUUGA